AGAGGAAGAAGCAGCAGAGGAGGCAGAGGGAAGAGGGAAGUGCAGCAGGGAAAGUUGUUUGCCCGUGAAUCGAAGACUUUUUUUCCGACCACAGCUGCAGUGACAGCCAUUGAGGAGGAGGCAGACGGGGCAUAUUUACAGGAGACCUACGUCUUUUUUUCUCGUGCACCGAAUCACCUGGACGCUCUGCAGCAGACGGUCGUCCAUUCAACAGAGACUCUGUGCCUGACAGCAAACAUAAUCAUACCCUUAGGAGGAACAUGAAGACUGGGAAGAAAUCCUUCAUAGCUUUCAUCAAGGAGAGGAAAAUGGGGCUGAAUGACUUCAUCCAGAAGCUGGUGUCUACCCCACAUAUCUGUCAACAUGCCGAAGUGAACAACUUCCUGAAGAUUGAUGAGAAUCAAAAUGAGGAAGUUGAGGAUGAUGAACUUCUUGAUAAACCUAUGUGCCUAAACUCACGAAGUUCACUGACUGAGGACACUCAGAUCAAACCAUGUGAUUUUGACUACCUCAAAAUCAUCGGAAAAGGCAGCUUUGGAAAGGUUUUACUGGCCCGGCACAAGGAGUCCACCAAAUACUACGCGGUGAAAGUGCUACAGAAGAAAAUCAUCCUGAAGAAGAAAGAGCAAAAGCAUAUCAUGGCCGAGCGCAGCGUGCUGAUGAAGAACAUCAAGCAUCCCUUCCUGGUGGGGCUGCACUACUCCUUCCAGACUACUGACAAACUCUACUUUGUGCUGGAUUACGUCAACGGUGGAGAGCUCUUCUAUCAUCUCCAGAGGGAGAGGAUCUUCCUGGAGCCCAGAGCCAGGUUCUACGCUGCUGAAAUCGCGAGUGCGCUCGGGUACCUCCACUCUCUGCACAUCGUGUACAGGGACCUGAAGCCAGAGAACAUCCUGUUGGACUCGCAGGGACACAUCGUCCUCACAGACUUUGGCCUCUGCAAAGAAGGCGUGGACCACAAUGGCACCACGACCACCUUCUGUGGGACUCCUGAGUAUUUGGCCCCUGAGGUUCUCCAGAAGCAGGCGUACGACCGCACCGUGGACUGGUGGUGCCUGGGAUCGGUGCUCUACGAGAUGCUCUAUGGACUUCCUCCUUUCUACAGUCGCAACACUGCUGAGAUGUACAACAACAUCCUGCACAAGUCUCCGGUGCUCAAGCCCAACGUGUCCAACUCGGGCAGGGAGCUGCUGGAGGGCCUCCUGCAGAAGGACCGCACCAAGAGGCUGGGAGUGAAGGAUGACUUUCUUGAGCUCAAGUACCAUUCCUUCUUCUCUCCGAUCAACUGGGACGACCUGAUGGCCAAGAAGAUCACGCCUCCCUUCAUCCCCUCAGUGAGCGGCCCCACAGACCUCCGACACUUCGACCCGGAGUUCACCCACCUCCCGGUGUCCUCCUCCCUGUGCACCGACAACAUGAUGGUGACCAGCAGCAGCGUCAAGGAGGCGGCCGGGGCCUUUCCGGGCUUCUCCUACGGGCCUCCGGCGGGCCACUCCUUCAUGUGAGCAUCCCGACACCCUCUAUUCCUGCGAACGAACAAGAAGAACCCGGGAGGAGAAAUAAAAAAAAAAACCUUCCUGGACUGGGUGUUAUUUUCGACACACACACACGGACCACGACGGAGCAGCCUGGACGGACGACGGGGACGUUGCAAGGCGCGAGAAAGGGGGGAUCCAAGUGAUGUGAACGCUGGGAGACUGGCGGGGGGGGGGGGGACUCUCAUGUUACAGCACCACUGGCCCCACACAUCGGCCUCGACCAUCCGUAACUAUAAUAUAUCUGUGCCAAGUGUGGAUGCAGCGAGGAGGAGGAGGAGGAGGGAGGGGCUCUGACGGCUCUGGAGCUACUUGGUGAAGUGACAUGACGAGAAGUGCCUGAGGUUUUAAAAAGGCGGUCGGGUGGAGCCAGUUUUAUCAAAAAGCGUUUGACUCGUUUGGACGUUUGACCAGAGCGCUAGCCGUUAAAGGUGAUGCCUUCAUUACACGUCUACAUAUGUCCGAGCUGUUCAUUUGUAUUCGUUCUUAAAGUUUUUUUUGUCUUCAUGUUAUAAUGCUCAAUUGCACUUGAGGAAACAAGGGUCAGGAAAAAGUUAAACAUUAGACUAGACAGCGCCGCAUCUUUCACUUUUUUUUUUAUUUUUUUUUAUUUCAUAUCUCUACUUUUGGACAUUAAGACUUAAAAGCAUUUCAAGAUUAUACACUACUAGUGAGACUUGGACCAAACAUGUAAUAACCACGGUUUCCUUUUAACUCUUUUUGUUUGACCUGUUUGUCCUCAUCAACUGAAAAUCGAACUUUUACUGUACUGUGUAGUUAAAAAGAAAGAAAGUUACAUAUAUUUUAUUGUGGAACCAAAAGGUUUUCAUGUUUUAAUACCCACAAACAUUCACUGUUUACCUUUAAGAAAGUUUUGCAUAUAUUACAAAUACAUUCUUUAUGUUUCCUAUGUGUGUACAUAUAUAUAUAUAUAUAUAUAUUAAUAGAUUUAUGAAAAUUAUAUUUCAUGUAUGGCAAUAUAUUUUAUUAUUUUCAACUUAUUUUCAUCUGCAGCAGCUAGUGACUGUGUUAAUUUAUAUCUGCCGUUUGUUAUGAAGGAGGUUACUGAUCAGGAGGGCGAGACGCGAAGAUCAACCAGCAAUAACAAGCCCCACACCUACGAUAGCACACGCAUACUGUAUAUCAAAGUCAUUUUAAACUAAAGUGAUUGCUGUUUUUUUGCAAACACUCCAAACAACCUGUAGACACCAUUAUGGUCACUGUCCGUGUAGUUUUGCAUCAUGUAGAGAAGAACUGUGAAUGUGUUGUGCCUCUCCAAGGCAGCCUGAUGCCCUGAUCCAUGAGUGUUGUAUGUACAUAUCUCUUCUCCCUGAACCUCUGGGCUCCUUUUUCUAGAAACUUAUCUGUAAGAAGAAGGAAGGAAGGAAGGAAGGAAGGAGAAAAGAAAGUGCUCCGUUAAGUUUAUAUGGAACCACUAGGUGGCGCAGGUGUUCACAUUGUUUUAGCCACUGAUGUUCUGGAAAGUGCAAUAAAACCUAGAUGACACUGAAAGAAUAAUUAAACAGUUUAUCUCUUAAUAUCAGAUGUGUACGUUAUACAGAGAAGAUCGUAACUUCAACAGGGAUUAUUUGUUGAGUCUACUUUUUAUGUUAUUUUAUUUUUUUGUUUUUGCAAACGGAAACACGUUCAAGCCUGCUGAAAAUGAAAUAAUAAAAAAAAAAUAACAAAAACAUGAGGCGGUACACAGUUCUAGAUCAUUUUCUUCCAUAUUUGGAAGCGUUACUUUUGGGUUUUGUAUUUUUUAAUAUGUAUUUAUUUUCAUGGCAUUGCAAAUGUAUGAAGAAGAAGAUGAUUUACACGAUCACCUGUAAUCUGUGUCAGAAAUGGCAAAUAAAAUCUCUAAAUCCAA